CGAUGAUCCCUUCGCGUCUCGUCGAUCACGUCGCGUAAAGAAAGGUAUCUAAAUCUCCAAGUUUGUGCUGAUCCGCUGCAUUAAUCUCUCCUUGAACGUGUUUAGAAGCGACCUGCCGAGGACGCUCCGGCCAAGGCACCUGCCAGCAAGAAGGCCAAGGAGGACAACGCCGAAAAGGCCGACAAGCCUAAGUCGACCAAGGCUGCUACUAAACCCGCUUCUACCAAGGCUGCCGCCGACAAGCCCGCCAGUAAGAAGCCCACUUCAACCAAGGCCGACAAGCCCGCUUCCAAGGCUGCUGCCUCUGCUAAGCCUGCCAGCAAGAAGCCUGCUUCCAAGGCCGCUGCUGAUAAGCCCAAGUCGACCGCUAAACCCAAGAGCAAGAAGGUCGACACCAUCGCCGAGGAGAACGAGGAUGUCGACAUGGACCCCAAGGGAAAGAGCGAGGAGGAGAAGAAGGAGAUCGAGGCCGCUGCAGAGGGUAGCGAGCCCGAAACGAAUGGAGCGAUGAAGGAGGGCGAGACCCUUCCCCAGAUCACGCUCAAGGAUAACCAGGACCAGGAUGUCGAUGUCAGCUCUUUGAUCACUGCCGAUCAGGGCGUCAUCUUUUUCACAUAUCCCAAGGCCAACACCCCCGGCUGCACUUCGCAAGCCUGCAACUUUAGGGACUCUUACGCCGAGUUUGGCAAGCAUGGAUACAAGGUUUAUGGACUGAGCACCGACAGCCCUGCGGAUCAAGAGUCAUGGAACAAGGAGAAGAAGUUCGGUUACCCCUUGCUGUCAGACCCUCAAAGCGAGUUGAUCAAGAAGCUUGGAGCAUUCGCCUCUCCUAAGAACACCGUCCGAGCCCACUUCAUCUUCGAAAAGGGUACCGGAAAGCUCUUGCAGGGCAAGCUCAAGGUCAAACCCGCUGAGGACGCCAAGCACUGCCUCAAGUUCAUCGAGAAGCACCACUCGGCUUGAGUGACAAGAGGGAGAUAAUACACUUUGAUCUCGUUGCCCAACCUUCUCUCUUCGACAACUGGCGUGCCAGCCUCGCGCAAAUACCGUUCGCGGUCAUCUCGAGCUGU